AUCUCAUUGCCCUUGGGGAUCAAGUAUUACCUCUGGAUGUGGAUUCGUCCACGUGGAUAUGAUCAAAAAGUCAUGGGACCCAUAUAUAAUCCAACGGUGUAGAUUCAAGCCGACAUGACUUAAAAAACAAAAAAAGGUCUAUUUAUUAUUUCUCUGUCCUAAAAAAAAAGAAGAAAAUAAAACCCUUUCUGUCACGCCGCAUCUCUAAAACCUCUCCAAUUUCUCCGGCGGUUCUCUCUCACCGGAAAAUCAGAUUACUUCAUCUGUAAGUGAUAUUCUUCAUAAAAGGUCUGUUCUUUUCUAGGAGAUGUACACCUGAUUCCUCUGUUGACGACAAGGGUAUCAAUAAAAAUGGCGUCAAGAGCGAUUAUUAGGAGAAAGAGUCAAGUUUAUGAUUACUUGAGUGUCUAUGCUCGUUCAGCUCAAAGCUUUCAAUCUCAGACGGUUAAUUCACAUCCUUAUCACUCUCUUACCAACCAUCCUCCCGUGGAACCUAACCGUGUUACCAAAGACAAGUCCUUUACAGGAGGAUAUGGUCUUCUGUUACGUUCUAGAUUCCAUGGUUCUUCUCACUUGUCGACCAUCGGUUUUGGAAGUUUAGAAACUGUUCCUUCUCUGGGGAUGAGGUACAUGAGCGUAUCCAUUCGUAAUGCUGCUACUACAGCUGCAGCUAAGAAGCCUGAAGAAGAGGAUAAGAAAGAUGGUGGGGUGGCUAUGAACAGGAAGGAAGCGUCUCCUGAGGAAUGUGACCAAGCUGUUGAGAGUCUAAGCAGUGUUAAAGCAAAGGCGAAGGCUAAACGUCUACAAGAAUCCAAGAAGGUUGCUAGAUCGAUUGUGCAGAGGACAUGGGCGUUUGUUCUCGCGAUUGGUCCUGCUUUAAGAGCUGUUGCCUCCAUGAGCAGGGCGGAUUGGGCUAAAAAGCUUACUCACUGGAAACAUGAGUUUGUGUCAACGCUGAAACAUUAUUGGCUGGGGACGAAGCUUCUAUGGGCUGACACUAGAAUCAGUUCAAGGCUGCUUCUCAAGUUGGCUGGUGGGAAGAGUCUCUCUAGAAGAGAAAGGCAGCAGCUGACUCGAACUACAGCUGAUAUCUUUAGAUUAGUGCCGUUUGCUGUGUUUAUUCUCGUGCCGUUUAUGGAGUUUCUGCUGCCGGUUUUCUUGAAGCUCUUCCCUAAUAUGCUGCCGUCUACUUUCCAGGACAAGAUGAAAGAAGAGGAAGCAUUGAAAAGGAAGUUACUUGCUAGGAUAGAAUACGCUAAGUUUCUUCAGGAGACGGCUAAAGAGAUGGCUAAGGAAGUUAAGCAUUCAAGAACUGGUGAAGCUAAGAAAACCGCUGAAGACCUGGUUGAGUUUCUAGACAAGGUUCGAAAAGGUCGACUAGUCCAAAACGAUGAGAUUUUAGGCUUUGCAAAGCUUUUCAACGAUGAGCUUACUUUGGAUAACAUCAGCAGGCCUCGCUUGGUUAGCAUGUGCAGAAUCAUGGGUAUUAGCCCAUAUGGAACAGAUUCUUAUCUGCGAUAUAUGCUCAGGAAAAGACUGAGGAGCAUUAAGGAAGAUGAUAAACUGAUUAGAGCUGAGGGUGUGGAUUCCCUUUCAGAAGCUGAGCUGCGCGAAGAUUGCAGGGAGCGUGGAAUGCUGGGGACGCUUACAGUUGAAGAGAUGAGGCAACAGCUUCGAGACUGGAUGGACUUGUCACUUAAUCACUCUGUCCCCUCGUCUUUACUGAUCCUUUCUAGGGCAUUCACGGUUGCCGGGAGAGUUGAGGCAGAUGCUGUCCGUGCAACUCUCUCUUCUCUUCCUGACGAGGUUGUGGAUACUGUUGGUGUUACUUCUCUGCCGUCUGAAGACCCUGUAUCUGAGCGUCAAAGGAAACUAGAGUACCUUGAGAUGCAAGACGAACUGAUCAAGAAAGAGGAAGAGAAAGAAGAAGAGGAGCUUACAAGGAUUAAGGAUGUUAAAGGUGGUGAAGAGGAUAAGGCGCUGCAAGAGAUGACCAUACCAACUGCCAGAGAAGCACAGGAACAGGCCAGAGCUAGAGUUCUCGAACAGCAAGAUGAUCUUUGCAAACUUAGCCGUGCACUGGGCAUUUUGGCUUCCGCUUCUUCAGUAUGUAGAGAGCGCGAAGAAUUCUUGCGGCUGGUCAAGAAAGAGGUGGAGUUCUAUAACACAAUGGUCGAGAGAGAAGAUGUUGAUGGUGAAAAAGCUGCAAUGAAAGCAUACAAAGCAGCUAGAGAAGAUAGUGACCAAGGUGAUGAAGUUGCUGAAUCAGACGAGGUUUCCUCUGCUCUAAUGGAAAAGGUUGAUGGUCUGAUUCAAAAUCUGGAGAAGGAGAUUGAUGAUGUGGAUAUCAAAAUUGGCAAAGGAUGGCAGCUUCUUGACAGGGAUCGAGAUGGGAAGGUCACACCUGAUGAAGUUGCAGCUGCUGCGAUGUACCUGAAAGACACACUUGCUAAUGAAGGCCUUCAGCAACUUAUCAGUAGCCUCUCCAAAGAUAAAGAGGGAAGAAUUAUGGUGGAAGACAUUGUAAGGUUGGGGAGGUUGGGAAGUAAGCCAGAAGAAAAUGCAACAGAAGAAGAAUUAAAUUGAAAGAAAGAGUACUCUUAUUUUUUUUUGAAUACCAGAUGAGACACUACUACUCUUAGUUGUAAUAAAGUUAGUUUUUUAAUACUGAGAGAAACUCUACUUCAUAUUUUGUUGCUUACACAAGCAAGUUACAUAAUAGAAGGCGGCUAAGAUUGCGAGACUUUUUGCUAGUUUAUGUUAAAGAGGUUAAAA